AUGCUCCUCAGAGACCCCAUAGGACCCUCCCCGCGACGCAUGCUCGACAUGGUGACCUGCACAUUCAAUCUCGACCCCAGCAAUCCCGCUCUCCUCGCAAGCAUCGGACGAGCUUAUGACGGAUACCUCCCGAGGUCGACCGUGUCUUCCGGUCUGUUCGGCAUCUGCACGACGCUGUUUUUCAUGACGUUUUGGGCACUCUGCCGCCGCGGCCUGAGUCUCCGCUCAACCCGGCUUCUUUUCGCCGCGGCAACCGUUCUCUACGCGUCAACAACAGUAUUCUUCGUCUGUGCCGCGUUGAGGAUGCGCGCGGCCAUGCGCCUAGCGACGGUCGUCUCUGCGUUGCAGCAAUGCACCAUCGACGUGGGGUCCGUCCCAUACCCAACCCAGCUCGCGCGCGAGGAGAGAGGCUUUAAUGUGCCGAUGACGGCCACGCUCGCCAUCAACUCUGUCGUCAACGACGGCAUCGUCCUCUGGCGCGCGUUCACGAUCUGGUCGUUCGACAGACGUCUGUGCACCGCGGGUGGUACGUUGUUAUCCGUGUCGUUCGUCGCGGGAGUCGUCUCAACCGUGGAAACCGCACGCCGGAUAACUUCUUCCGAGUCUGACGCGCCGGAUGUACCUAUCCUUCUCGGGGACGCAGCAGGGAUGGUCUGCAUCCUCGCCUCGCGCGCCGUGAACUUGCUCGCGAUGGCGGCGGUGUCCAGAAAGGCGUGGCGUCACUGGAAGACCGUGCGGAGCUGCUUGACGGAGAUGUACGGGGGCUUUCGGGCGCUCCGAUCGUUGAUGCUGCUCGUGGAGUCGGGGAUCGCCUACUGCCUCGUCUGGUUCCUCGUCGUCGUCUACCACGGCAUCUCGUUGACGAUCGGCGUUGACUCCUCCCACACGACGGCCACGUACGCACGCGGCGUCAGCUGGAUCGUCGACAACUGCCUCGUGUACUUGAUCGCGAUCUACCCGUUCGGGCUGAUCACGGUGUUCGCACUGAAGGGGUCCGUCUUGGACCACGUUACCGCGCUGACCAGGGUCACGCUUAAGAGCGACAUGUCCGGGGCCGAGUCGACGGGAACGGGUUCCAUGGUCUUUGCUUCAACGAAAGCGGAGAAGAUCGCCACGCUCUCGUGCACGGACGGCAGUCAGAACCCGGUCAGGGAGUACAAUGCCUUUUGA